AUGGCCGCGCAGGUGUCCGCGGUGCUGUUGCUGCUCUGCGGCUGGCUGGUGCGCGGACUCUCCGCCGGUUCCGGUUCGGACUCUGCGCUCGGCAGAAUGGAGCUGCUGCGCGUGCGGAGCCUCGCCGCUCAGCCCAGGUACGGAGAGUGUUGGGCGCGAGCCCUGGAGCACCUGGACACGGGCUGCAGGGACUUGACGUCAGAGAGCCAGAGCCGGAUAGCACUGAGAUUCACCCUGUGUCACCUGAGCAGCUCAGGCAGGGAUUUCCCAUCAUGCCCCGAGGAGUCAGAGGUCAGCAGGUGUACAGGUGGUAUGGAUGCUGUGGCCUUUAACACCUACACUGAGUUCUUCACCCACACUCACUCCAUCUGUCACUUCCUGCAGUCUGAAGCCUGGCAGAGCCGAGCUGAGAACACCAUGCACAGGUUAACCGAGAGUUCAGCAGGCGUAGUUGAGCAGCUGCAGUCCACCAGGCAGAUGGCCGAAGAGCUAAUUGAUGCCCAGAGUGCUGCCUUACAGGCCCAGCAGGAGAUCCUGGACAAUGGAGAGGAGCUGAGAAUCACCCUGAGAGACUCUACCCAGGGUCUGCGUGCGGUCUUCUCGGAGCUCAGCAGUGUCUCCAGGGAGCAGCAGGUGGCGCUGUCUGAACUCUUUAACAGAGUCUCCUUCCUGCACAGUUUCCUGCUGAUGGAGGCUCACAGUCUGAGCUCCUGCUGCUACAAUGCUGCUGCUCUGUGCACCUCCUUCCUCCUCACCGCCACCCAACGCUCCUCCAGAGCCAGGUUGGUGUUGUUGGGUUUGGUGUGUUUAAAUUUCUACCUGGAGAGGAAGAUCUACCAGUAUGUGAUGGACUCUGAUCAUCCUGAACACACAGACGUGGAGCUGCUCACUGUCUAUGUGAGUGUGUUGCGGCGGUUCAUGGUGUGUGUCGGAGUGUGUGUUCUGCUGUGUGUGUGCAUUCGGUACAGAGACCCGGUGCAGCAGAGUCUGCAGGUGCUGCAGCAGCUCCGAGAGACACAGAGAAGCCUGCAGGAGGCGCUGCAGCGCGCAGAGUGUUUAGGGGAGCAACAGGAGAAGACAGACAGUCAGCUGAAUGUGAAGAGGAGCUCAGUGAGCAGAAGAAGAGAGGAGACGCUGAGAAGGAGAAAGGAGAUAAAAAGAGAAGAGGAGGAAGAGGAGCAGUGCAGCAUGAUGAUGUCUCUGACUGCAGACGGCUCAGACCUGUCUCACCUCUCACACACUGGAUGGAAUAUUGACAAUAUCACCCUGCAGCCAAACACUACCCACAAUGCGUCAGUGCAGAGUCUCUCUACCCACAAUGCCUCAGUGAGUCCAGGCCGGCGUCCUCGACGCUCCUCCUCCUCCCGCCUCCCCUCCUCCUCCUCCUCCCCUCUGGUCUACAGCAUCCUGGUGGAGGACCAACAGCCUCGUUACAGCCUGCGGAGCAGAAGAUCAGAGAUUCACUGAUCGUCAGACUGACUUCACCUUUCUCUGCUGUGUG